AUGACUGUUGGAUUUCCUCCGACCGCCACGCGCCUCACCACCCGAGAAGACUAUGAAAACCUGGUAGACAGAUACGAUACCUGGCUCUUCGACUGCGACGGCGUGCUGUGGCAGGGCGAUACCCUGAUCGAGGGUAUUACGGAGGUUCUGCAUUUCUUGCGGACGCACAAGAAGUCCGUGAUGUUCGUGACGAACAACGCGACGAAGUCGCGGAAGAACUACAUGAAGAAGUUUGACGGGCUCGGUGUUGAGGCGCACGUUGACGAAAUCUUCGGGUCCGCGUUCGCCUCAGCGGUGUACAUCUCGUCGGUGCUUAAGCUCCCAAAGGACAAGAAGGUAUACGUGGUCGGUAUGUCUGGGCUGGAAGAGGAGCUACGCGAGGAGGGCAUCUCCUUCAUAGGCGGUACUGACCCCGACGACAACGUACUCGGUGGAUACUCGCUCGCAGACUUUACGACGGAUCCGAGCGUCGGCGCGGUGCUGUGCGGGCUGGACACGCACGUGAACUAUAAGAAGCUCUCAAAAGCAUUCAACCACCUCCUGCGCAACAAAGACUGCGUGUUCCUCGCGACCAACACCGACAGCACGUUCCCGACUGCGGAGGGCCUCCUACCCGGUGCGGGCUCAAUCAGCGCUCCGCUCCGCUACUCGCUCGGCCGUGACCCCAUCAGCAUCGGCAAGCCCGCGGGGACGAUGCUCGAUUGCAUCAGGGCGAAACAUGAUUAUGACCCGAAGCGGACGAUUAUGGUCGGCGACCGGCUGAAUACUGACAUCGAGUUCGGCAAGAACGGUGGACUCGCAACGCUGCUGGUCCUGACGGGUAUCGCGAAAGAAGCGGAGGUCUUUGGUCCGAAUCCCUCAUCCACUGUCCCCGACUACGUGACAGAAUCUCUUGGCGAUUUCCGUGUGCUUAUCUCAUAA